CGUCCGCUCGCGGUGGGGCCGGGGUUGAGGUGUUAGCGCGGCUGCGGCCGGGGCAGGGAGACCGGAGAGCAGGAGCGCACGAGCGGCCGCGGGCGCCGGCGGGGGCGGCGGGAGCACCAUGCGGAUUGGCGCCCAGCGCCCCGCAGACCCCUCGCGAAGCACAGAGGCCGGGGCGGCGCCGAGGCGGCGGGGAGCAUGAGGGCAGCCGGGGACCGGCUGGGUUCUGAGCUCUUCUAGGGAGCGGUGUGAGUGGAACGCUCGCCCGGACGCGGCAGAGGGCGGGAGCCGAGCGCCCGGGGCUGUGGGCAUUUCGGACGCGGACGCGAGGGGCCCGGAGCCAACCGGGUCUCCGGCACGCAGUCGACAUGGGCAACGCGGGGAGCAUGGACUCGCAGCAGACCGAUUUCAGGGCGCACAACGUUCCAUUGAAGCUGCCGAUGCCCGAGCCAGGUGAACUGGAGGAGCGCUUUGCCACCGUGCUGAAUGCUAUGAACCUACCUCCUGACAAAGCCAGGUUACUGCGGCAGUAUGACAAUGAGAAGAAAUGGGAGCUGAUCUGCGAUCAGGAACGAUUCCAGGUGAAGAAUCCUCCCCAUACAUACAUUCAGAAGCUCAAAGGCUACCUGGAUCCAGCUGUAACCAGGAAGAAAUUCAGAAGGCGUGUUCAAGAAUCUACGCAAGUGCUAAGAGAACUGGAAAUCUCGUUGAGAACCAACCAUAUUGGAUGGGUCAGAGAGUUUUUGAAUGAAGAAAACAAAGGCCUCGAUGUUCUUGUGGAGUAUCUAUCCUUUGCACAGUAUGCAGUCACUUUUGACUUUGAAAGUGUGGAAAGUACCGUGGAGAAUACGGCGGACAAAUCAAAGCCCUGGAGUAGGUCCAUCGAGGACCUGCACAGAGGGAACAACCUGCCCUCACCUGUGGGCAACAGUGUGUCCCGCUCUGGAAGACAUUCUGCACUUCGAUAUAACACUUUACCAAGCAGAAGAACCCUGAAAAAUUCAAGAUUAGUGAGUAAGAAAGAUGAUGUUCAUGUCUGUAUCAUGUGUUUGCGAGCCAUCAUGAAUUAUCAGUAUGGUUUCAACAUGGUCAUGUCUCAUCCACAUGCUGUCAAUGAGAUUGCACUCAGUUUGAACAACAAGAAUCCCAGAACAAAAGCUCUUGUCUUGGAGCUGUUGGCAGCCGUUUGUCUUGUCAGAGGCGGGCAUGAAAUAAUUUUGUCAGCUUUUGAUAACUUCAAGGAGGUCUGCGGAGAAAAGCAGCGUUUUGAGAAGUUGAUGGAACAUUUCAGAAAUGAAGAUAAUAACAUAGAUUUUAUGGUGGCUUCUAUGCAGUUUAUUAAUAUUGUAGUCCAUUCAGUAGAAGAUAUGAACUUCAGAGUUCACCUCCAAUAUGAAUUUACCAAGUUGAGCCUGGAUGAAUACCUGGACAAGCUGAAACACACAGAGAGUGACAAGCUGCAGGUACAAAUACAGGCUUACCUAGACAACGUGUUUGACGUGGGGGCCCUGCUGGAAGAUGCGGAAACCAAGAAUGCAGCCUUGGAGCGGGUGGAAGAACUGGAAGAAAACAUCUCUCAUCUGUCUGAAAAGCUGCAGGACACAGAGAAUGAAGCCAUGUCCAAGAUCGUAGAACUGGAAAAGCAACUCAUGCAGAGGAAUAAGGAACUGGAUGUUGUCCGGGAAAUCUACAAAGAUGCAAAUACCCAAGUUCACACAUUAAGAAAAAUGGUCAAAGAAAAGGAAGAAGCCAUUCAAAGACAGUCUACCCUGGAAAAAAAGAUUCAUGAACUGGAGAAACAAGGGACCAUUAAAAUUCAGAAGAAAGGGGAUGGGGACAUUGCCAUACUGCCAGUUGUGGCCUCUGGCACAUUGUCGGUGGGGUCAGAACUUGCAGUGGGUAACUAUGUAGGAUCAGUUACAGGGGCUACCUCCUCAGGACCCUCACUCCCUCCUCCCCCACCACUACCUCCAUCGUCAGACGUGCCCGAAGCAGCGCAAAAUGGACCAGCAUCACCACCUAUGUCACCUCCUCCUCCUCCUCCACCACCUCCACCCCCUCCUCCACCGCCCCCGCCCCCGCCCCUCCCCGGUCCUGCAGCUGAGACUGUGCCAGCUCCUCCUCUCCCACCCCCGCCUCCCUCUGCGCCCCCGCUGCCUGGGACUUCUUCACCCACAGUAGUCUUCAACUCAGGACUGGCAGAUGGGCCAAUCAAGCUUUUCUCUGUGAAAAUUAAGAAGCCGAUCAAGACGAAGUUCAGAAUGCCAGUAUUUAACUGGGUUGCUCUCAAGCCCAAUCAGAUCAAUGGCACAGUCUUCAAUGAGAUCGAUGACGAGCGGAUCCUAGAGGAUUUAAAUGUGGACGAAUUUGAGGAAAUAUUCAAAACAAAAGCCCAAGGUCCUGCCAUUGAUCUUUCAUCAAGCAAGCAGAAAAUAACACAGAAGGGAUCAAGUAAAGUGACUCUGUUAGAAGCAAAUAGAGCCAAAAACCUUGCCAUAACUUUAAGGAAAGCUGGGAAGACUGCUGACGAGAUAUGUAAAGCUAUUCACGUGUUUGACUUGAAGACACUACCGGUCGACUUUGUUGAAUGUUUGAUGAGGUUCUUGCCAACUGAGAAUGAGGUCAAAGUGCUCCGGCUCUAUGAGAGAGAGAGAAAGCCCUUGGAGAACUUGUCGGACGAAGACCGCUUCAUGAUGCAGUUCAGUAAGAUUGAGCGGCUCAUGCAAAAGAUGACCAUCAUGGCCUUCAUUGGGAACUUUGCAGAGAGUAUUCAGAUGCUGACUCCUCAACUUCAUGCAAUUAUUGCAGCAUCUGUUUCUAUCAAGUCAUCUCAAAAGCUCAAGAAAAUUCUGGAGAUCAUCUUGGCCCUUGGAAACUACAUGAAUAGCAGCAAACGAGGAGCAGUUUAUGGAUUUAAACUUCAGAGCUUAGAUCUGCUCUUAGACACGAAGUCAACAGACCGCAAACAAACACUGUUGCACUAUAUAUCAAAUGUGGUAAAAGAAAAAUAUCAGCAAGUUACUCUAUUUUAUAAUGAGCUUCAUUAUGUGGAAAAGGCUGCUGCAGUCUCCCUUGAAAAUGUUCUGUUGGAUGUCAGGGAGCUGCAGAGGGGAAUGGAUUUAACCAAGAGGGAGUAUACCAUGCAUGACCACAACACGCUGCUGAAAGACUUCAUCCUGCACAACGAGGGGAAGCUGAAGAAGCUGCAGGAUGAUGCUAGGAUUGCUCAGGAUGCCUUUGAUGAUGUGGUGAAGUAUUUUGGUGAAAACCCCAAGACAACACCACCCUCUGUGUUCUUCCCUGUCUUUGUUCGGUUUGUGAAAGCUUACAAGCAAGCAGAAGAGGAAAAUGAGCUGAGGAAAAAGCAAGAACAAGCUCUCAUGGAAAAACUGUUGGAGCAAGAAGCAUUGAUGGAGCAACAGGACCCAAAGUCUCCUUCCCAUAAAUCAAAGAGGCAGCAGCAAGAGUUAAUUGCAGAAUUAAGAAGGCGACAAGUUAAAGAUAACAGACACGUAUAUGAGGGAAAAGAUGGCGCCAUUGAAGACAUUAUCACAGUGCUGAAGACUGUGCCCUUUACUGCUCGCACGGCCAAGCGUGGGUCUCGGUUUUUCUGCGAACCUGCUCUCACUGAGGAAUACCAUUACUAAACUAUUGCUCUUUGUCACCUGAUAUUAAAAGGUUGCUAUCUUAGAAACCAACCAUAUAGACGAGCCGAUGCGGUGAGACGAAGUGUGAGGCGGCGAAUUGAUGAUCAGAACUUGCGUUCUAUUAAUGGUGCAGAAAUAACAAUGUGACCUGGAGACUAGUCUUCAUGAGAGGGUGCACGUGAAACUGCCGUGUGAACUUUUUGUGCUACCAUUUAGCUGCAGCCUUCAAUACAGAAAAAUUUCCUUAAGGGCUCAGAUUUAGUAAACGCAUAGGAAUUUAAAAAUGUGUUCUCCUUUUAACCCCUGUUAACAAGUGCCUAAAAUUGGAAGUAACUUGCUCAGAUUAAUCAAAGCAAUAGAAUUUGACUUAAGUCUUUUUACAUCAGUAUUCUACUCAGUUUUUUAACCAAAAUGUAAAUCUCAUAUUAAAUUCAUUAUUUGCCAUUGUGACUGUCCCUUAUGGCCCACCCUGGUUUCUUGGCAAUUUGUAAAUAACUGGGAUGUAUCUACUAUGGACUUCCUUUGCUGAGAAGUCUUCUAAGAAAUUGUUUGCUCGAGCCAUAUUCUUCAACUGUAUUUUUAAGGACUUGUAACAAGGGAGAAAGAAACUAGCACAGGAUAAUGUCUUUCUGUAAUUAAGCCCCAGCAAAAUACAAGAUGCAACUACAGUGCCACUGGAAGUCAGACAGUCUCAUGUUGUUUCUGUGCAAGGGUACCAUGCACAAAGGCAUUCACCUGUAUGACUGCAAAAUGGCAUAAAAGAUUGUAUAAGACUUAACUGCAGAAACUGUUCUUAAGCUAGAGGCAGCUUUUAAUAACAUAAAUAUAUUUGUUAUUUAGCACUAAAAUUAAUUACCAUUAUGGGUCAGUCCUUAGAAUAGAAAUUGGUGCCUUGUUAGUCAGGGAGAACUUACCACAAGCUCUAUCAGUAAGCAUUCAAGAUUACAUGUGGUAGUGUAAUGUUGGAACUUGGCCUUAUUCUCUUCUGACAAUCGAAGGGUCUUUUUCUUUCCUUUUGUAAACUGAAGUAUACUGAUACAGUUGACAUUAAGUUAUCAAGGCUGAAUUGCUUCUGUAUUUCUCACUUAUGAGAAUUUCCAGUUAGAUUGGAGAAAAUUAACAUUUAAAGUUUAAAUUAUAUUGAUAGGGUUAAAUGGUUAAGUCACUUAUUUUUACUUCCUCACUGACAAGGCAUUUUGAUCCAUUUCAGUCAAAGGCUGGACUGAAGCUAAAUUUUCACUUCUCAUCAUAUUCUACUUCUGGCUUACCUUGUUGGUACAUCAGUAUAUUAACUGUAAAAAUUAUUGUAUAGUAUUUAACCACUGAAUGUGUUCAUGUUUACCCCUUGGUGAAGGUCCCCUUUUUUCAUGGAUGUGUAGUUAUAUGAUCUUUUAAAAUGUACAGAUAUUUUGCUAUAAGAUUGGUGCAGUUUUUUAUGGUUUUUACACUUCUUUAAUUCCCUGGGUAAUCCUGUAAAUAUUGUUUAAAAAUGCUCAUCAGCCUAUGCUACACAAUCGGAAUGUUACUUUAACUUAUAGUUUUUUUUAAAAAUAUAUAUAUUUAACUACGAGGACAGUUUAAGAGUCAGUUACCACCUUUCACAGUAGUAGACCUAUUCACAGAUCCCUUUUAAACUGCCACCCGCUGGCACAUUCAUAAAUGUAUGUUUAAAAAGAACAUGCCAAGAUUGUUGUCUUUUUGUUGAGUCAGCAUCGGACAUUUAAUCAAACAAAUCAGCUAUUUUCCAAAGGUGUGUAUUUGCUUAAAAAAUUUCACUUCCCAGAACACAAACAGACAGUAAUGUUGGCAUAUUCUUUUGUUUAUUAAUGGUCCUGCUUCUUAGCAAUAUUAGAAAUGUUUUAUAAAAGCAAUUCAUGUUACUUUUCUGGUCUUUUCAUGCCAUUUGAGCAAAUAAACUAUUUACACUACUA